AUGGGAAACAGUGCCAGCGCCGACGACAAACCUAAGCGUGUCGCUGCCAAGGACCUCCGUUGCCAUACAUACGUCAAGACCUACAGAGAGGGCGAUGCAGAGCUUCCUGAGGACCCCGACUUCCCCAAACGCUUACUAGACCAAACGAGAUCUUUCGAUUUCUCCAAACAAGUUGGAAAUGGAAAUGGAACUUACAUAUUUUACCCGAACAAAGAUAAGCCCAAGAUGUGGGUGGGACAGUACAAGUGUCUGAACCCUGGAGACCUUCUGUGCAACCAAGCCUGCCCUCUAGAUGCAUCCACCGCUACUCACUGCAACGCAGCGACUGCAGACUGCAUAGACCCCGCGGGCUGCGGUCUCAUGCAAUACUGCAUGCCGGGACCGGAGUUCUACACAAAAGACAAUGGAAUAACUGAGUUGCCAGGCGGCACUGCGUAUGCCACAGCUUCAUCAACGAACGAAGAUCAAAUGCGCAUCGAGCAAGAGCAAGUCAACAGGAUGGCGCAACAGACGUACGCAACGGUGACAGGCAACAUGUACGCUCACGAAAACUUUGAGCAGCGUCUUGCAUUCAGCCAGAAUCUACACCGCAGUAAUUAUCCUUGCACGCCUGUCAUGACGAGGACAUAUCAGGGAACCAACUGUCCCCCCAACACUCCUUACCAACUUCGAUGA